GAGCAUGCUAAUCUAAUAACUACACUGAAAAAUAAAUCCUGUUGUUUUUACAGUAACUUACCUUACAGUUACCUGUAAGUUACUGUAAAAAAAGGUACAGUAUGUUACCGUACAUUCCUAAGAAUCUUUGGUUUAACAGUACAUUACUGUAAAAURUUCAUAGGCUUUAUUUGUACAUUCACAAAUAAUGCUUGCACGGUUGUUUCAUUACUUUUACACACCUCUUCCUCAAAGGUUGACUCUCAUUCUAUCUUGUCCGAUGGAUCUGAAGAACUUUCCCAUGGACAUGCAGAUCUGUACCAUGCAACUGGAGAGCUUUGGCUACACCAUGAAUGAUUUGAUCUUUGAGUGGGAGAGCAAGGACAAAAAUCCUGUACAGGUGGCCGCUGGGCUGACCCUUCCUCAGUUCAUCAUGAGAGAUGAGAAGGAGCUUGGCUACUGUACCAAAAGCUACAACACCGGUAAAUUCACCUGCAUUGAGGUGAAGUUCCACUUGGAGAGACAGAUGGGUUACUACCUGAUCCAGAUGUACAUCCCCAGCCUCCUCAUUGUCAUCCUCUCCUGGGUCUCCUUCUGGAUCAACAUGGACGCCGCGCCCGCCAGGGUAGCGCUGGGCAUCACCACCGUGCUCACCAUGACAACCCAGAGCUCCGGCUCCAGAGCCUCCCUUCCCAAGGUGUCCUAUGUGAAGGCCAUUGAUAUCUGGAUGGCCGUGUGUCUCCUGUUUGUAUUCGCUGCCCUACUGGAAUAUGCUGGGGUUAACUUUGUUUCCAGGCAACAGAAGGAUUUACUUCGCUUGAGGCGAAGACAGAGGCGGACUCACAAGGAUGAUGACAUGAGGGAUGGCCGCUUCAAUUUCUCUGGUUACGGCAUGACUCAGUGUCUGAAGGAUGGGUCGGCUGUUAAAAACGCUGUCCCAAACCCCGGCCCAGCACCACCAACCCCUAAAGAGAAAGAGGUGAUAAGGAAAAGGUUUGUGGACAGGGCCAAGAGGAUUGACACUGUGUCCCGAGCAGCCUUCCCUAUGGCCUUCCUCCUCUUCAACAUCUUCUACUGGAUAACAUACAAGGUCAUCAGGCAUGAGGACAUUGGCAUGCAGUCAGGGUAGUCACUCUGCCCGGCAGGAUUUACCUAUGGAACUCAUCUCUCUCUCACUCUAAUUUUACUGAAUGAGAAAUGAUUGGACAGCACAGUGAGACUACUUUAUGUUGUGGGACUGUACAUGGAGCAGAGGCACAGUGAAGCUGGGGGUGGUGGUGUUCUUUCAGGGAUAAUUGAUAGGUGUUCAAGCAAAAUCGAAUAGACUAAUGCACAUGUUUUAGAUAAACAAGUGAACAAUUGGUGAGGCACAGAUAUAUUCCUAUGUGUUAAUGCAUCCUGGAGAUUCUACUGGGUUUUUACUCAAGGCACAGAGCAAUGAUGUAAAAAGGUGGACCAAAUUUUAUGAGACAAUACUGCCUUUGCAUUUGUGCAACCUUGCAAUGGAGCAACAUUCCAUGCAUUUGUAUGUGGAGUAGACUGGGCUUUAGGGUUAGACUUUUGUGUGGUUUUCAUAUAAAGGUUGAUUUAGAGCAGUUUUAUACAAUUAUACUGCAGUUCCUCACUGUUUCUACAAGCAGCAGUUCUAUUUAUUAGGCAACGAGCACAAUGUAUACACACACACGUUUUACUAUCCUUGUGGGGACCAAACAAUUGAUUCCCAUUCAAAAUCCUAUUUUCUUUAUCCCUUAACCCUAAACCUAACUCUGACCUUAACCCUAACCCCAAGUCUAAGACUAAAAAAGGCUUUUUCCUUGUUGGGACUGACAAAAUGUUGAAUUUUCCUUGUUUUACUAUCCUUGUGAGGAGUUCUGGUC